AUGGCACUAAAUAAUGCUACUGUUGAAUCUAUCGAUAUUUUAGGCCAAACAAGAAAUUUCAACAAAAUACUCUAUGAUCCUCACAAGAAUGUGUCAAUAGAUUCAAGAUCUUUUGGAAUGCUUGUUUUCCAAAAUUUUGUAAGUUUAUCUGCUGAAAAUACUCAUAAUUAUUAUCUAAACUUCGGUGAGGAAAAAGUCAAAGCUUUCUCAGGAGCAAUAGGUACUUAUUCAAACACUCAAUGCAUAUGCCUUACUGAUUAUGAUAAUUAUUUGGUUGUCUAUGUCAUCGACUCUAUUGCUACUGAUCCUUCACUUGACUAAAUCGCUAAGAAACUCAAGUUUAAGUACAUUAAUAAAUAUGGAGAUUAAUUGACAAAAAUGAAUGAACCCUACUGUACAGAUAUAUCUAUGGAUCCCUAUUCAAUAGUCAUUUACGGUUUUAGCGAUAAUAGUUAAAAUGCAUUUAGAAUAACUACUAAUAGAUUCUCACUGGGUUACUCUAUUUCAAGAUUUAAUUUUGAUUCAGUUGGCAAUACUCCAGUAUAAUUUAGAAGUCAUUUCGCAAGAAACUAUGGCUAUAAAUAUUUUGUUUUCGGAUACGCGACAGAGUUUAUUGAUUGCACUUAUAGGUUAAAAAAUUCUUGA